AUGACCGGCGAAAUACUUUUACACAUCGCUGAAUAUCUACCACACGGUCGUCGUUUCACUGAUGUGAGUAAUGAUUAUCCAGGUGGCGACCCAAAUUAUUUUACUACAGAAAAAAUUAUUAAACAUAAAGAUUAUGGAACAUACUGGAAGAUGACCAAAGAAUUUCAAAGCAUAGUAAUUGGAGAGUAA